AUGGAGAAUCUGAAUUUGAUAGCAAAUAAAUCCACCGACCGCAUCGCGGAAAUAUUCUACGGUCGUACGAUAUUUAUCUCCGGUGCUACAGGCUUCGUCGGUAAAGCACUCCUUGAAAAGCUACUUCGAAUCACUCAAGUCAAGAGAAUCUACGUCCUGAUCAGGAACAAGAAAGGCAAAUCGGCCAACGAUCGGCUGCAGAACUUGUUUACAAACGUGUUAUUUGAAACUGUGUUAUCGGUGAAACCGAGCUGCACGAAAAAAUGUACAGCUAUAAACGGGGAUGUUAACGAAGUAGAUCUAGGCAUUAGCCCUGCGUACCGGCAAACAUUGAUAAACGAGGUUAAUUUCAUAUUUCACUGCGCUGCUUCAACGAGAUUCGACGAUUCUAUGAGGACUGCGUUCGUUUUGAACGUUAGAGGAACCAAGUACAUGCUUGAUUUGGCCGAGCAAUGCAAACACCUUAUGUUGUUUGUGCACAUAUCCACGGCUUAUGCGUUUCACUUGGAAGCAAAAACUUUGGAAAAGGAGUACAAAUCGGCCAUUAAUCCGCAUGAUAUUUUAAAGGAUUUAAAUUGCCUGGAUGGUUCAUUUGGAAAAAAGGAUGUAUCCGAAUUGAGCGGAGAUUUAAUUUAUUUGAGGAGGUUGCUCCAAAAGGUACCGAAUUCGUACACAUUUUCUAAAUCUUUAGCAGAAACAUUGGUUUAUGAAAAAGUCGGGAAAAUACCGAUAAUUAUUUGCAGGCCAGCAAUCGUAAUACCGUCAUACGAAGACCCUUUUCCCGGAUGGUUUAAUAACCUGCAGGGACCGAUGGGUUUAUUCGUUGCAGCAGGAAAGGGCGUGAUGAGAUCGAUUUAUAUGGAUUGCAAAACAUCCGCCAAUUUGUGCCCCAUCGAUUCAACCGUUGGUUCAAUUAUGAUGUUUUCUUGGCAUUAUCUUACUACGAAAAACUCCCCUUACAUCUUCAAUCUUUGCGUACCCCAAACAGACAUUCGAGUGACUUGGGAAGAAAUUUUAGAAGCUGGUAAGGACGUGAUCAAAACGAAGGUACCUUUUAACGGUAUAUUAUGGUACCCUGGAGGAACAAUGACCAAGAAUCGAUUAUACGACCAAUUCAAUUUCGUGUGUUUCCAACUUAUUCCAGCUUUGCUAAUAGAUUUCCUGUUGUUUCUGUUGGGUUACAAACCACUGUUGUAUAAGGUCCAAAUGAGGAUUCGUAAAGGAGGCGACAUGUUUGAAUAUUUUACCACCAAGAACUGGAGCUUCGAAACCACCAACUUGGAAACCGUAAGAGAGAAGCUCACGGACCACGAAAGAAAAUCUUACAUGGUUAAAGUGGAGAAAAUCGAUAUGAAAAAGUAUUUAACGCAAUGCAUGUUGGCUUGUCGCAGGAAUUAUCUGAAAGAAACCGACGAUACGUUGCCUGCGGCCAAACGGAACAUGAAAAUAAUGUUCUGUUUAGACCGAAUUGUCAAGAUCGGAUUCUUCGUAUUCCUGGCGUACUACAUGUUCAAAAUAUUUAAAUUUUUAUUAUAA